AUGCCCUUCCCCAACAGCUCUGACCUCGGCGCACCAGCGUUCACCUUGGCCAGCAUCCCGGGGCUGGAGGCUGCCCAGUUCUGGAUGGCGAUCCUCCUGUGCUCCAUGUACAUCUUGGCGGUCGCCGGCAACUGCGCGGUGCUGUUCAUCGUGAAGACGGAGCCCAGCCUGCACGCGCCCAUGUACUUCUUUCUCUGCAUGCUGGCUGCCAUCGACUUGGCCCUCUCCACCUCCACGGUGCCGCGCACCCUCUCCUCCUACUGGUUCAACAUCACGGAGAUCAGCUUGAGCGCGUGCCUUGUCCAGAUGUUCCUCAUCCACACCCUCUCAGCCGUUGAGUCGACUGUCCUCCUGGCCAUGGCCGUGGACCGGUACGUGGCCAUCUGCCACCCGCUGAGACAUGCUGCCAUCCUCACCAACGCUGCAACAGCGAAGAUAGGGCUGAUAGCCAUGGCCAGGGGAGUUCUCUUCUUCCUGCCUUUGCCUUUGCUCCUCCUGCCCCUUCCCUUCUGCAGAUCCCGGUUGCUGUCCCACUCUUUCUGCCUGCACCAGGAUGUGAUGAACCUGGCCUGCGCCAACACCACCCCCAGCGUGGUGUACGGCCUCACCGCCAUCCUGCUGGUCAUGGGGCUGGAUGCCAUCCUCAUCUGUCUCUCCUACGUCCUCAUCCUCAAGGCUGUCUUACGACUGGCUUUGUGGAAGGAGAGGCUCAAGGUGUUCAGCACCUGCAUUGCCCACAUCUGCGUGGUCCUGGCCUUCUACGUGCCCCUCAUUGGGCUGUCUGUGGUGCACAGGUUUGGAAAGGACCUGGCUCCACUGGUCCAUGUCACCAUGGGGAACAUCUACAUCCUGGUGCCUGCUGUGCUCAACCCCAUCAUCUAUGGCGUGAGGACCAAAGAGAUACAGAGGAGGAUCCUGAAUCUAAUUCAUGUAUUCAAUGACAGAACUGCCCAGUGA